UUGACAUUGAAAUCACUUCGUUGAUCACAUCAAAUAUCAAUCCCCACUAAACAUUACUCCAUCCUUCAUUUUUUUUAACAUCAUUUUAUAAGAUUUUACAAUAAUUACUUAAAAUUUUCAAAAAAAGUUUUAUCAUAAAAUCGAUACUAAGCAGUAACCAUCAAAUAUCUUCCACAAUCUAUUUAUUUGAACCAUUUUGUUUUUCCCACAACAAAAAAGCAAAAAUAGUGGAAAAAAUGGAAGCAGAAGCUUCAUUAUUUGAGACAACAGAAAUGGCAGCAAAUUUUUUAGCAUCAACAAAUUUAUUAUAUGAUUCAUGGAGAUUAUGUAAUCUUGCAAACUCCCCUGUUUCUGGUUCUUUUAUUGUUCAACAAAAUGGGCCUAUUGGGUUGAUGGGCUUUUCGGGCCUACAUGACAUUGGGCUGGUUUCGGGUUCAUUUAUGGAAAAUAUGAUUGGACUACAAGAUGAUAAGCAUGAGGCUAAUGGGCUGUUUUCCGGGCUCGGUUCUCAUGUAGAUGAUGAUAAGGAGGAGGUUGUUAUGGUUCAUCAUGGGCUUCUGCGACUCUUCUUGGGUGUCUAUGGCUGUCCUAAUUUUCAAAUUCAGAUGAAAGGACUACUUGAGACAAGCAAGUCAGUUAUACUUACAGGACAUUCUGUAGGAGGUUCAAUAGCAUCACUUACAUCACUUUGGCUACUCUCUUACUUCCAAAACAUGCCUUCACAUCCCAAAAUCCUUUGUAUCACCUUCGGUUCCCCGCUCCUCGGCAACAAAUCUCUCUCGAAACUACUCCUCCGACAAAGAUGGUUCGGAAACUUCUGCCAUGUAGUGCAUAAACACGAUAUCAUUCCUCGACUUCUCUUUGCUCCCUUCCGUCCAAUCAACACCCAACUUCAUUUCUUGCUACAAUAUAUUCAGUCAUCAAUAUCGUCUUCACCUGAUCAAAUACAAGUUCGUGUGACUGAAGAAAUGAAGGAGCAGUUGUUUAGUUUCGUGUUGGAUAAAACCGAGGAAAUUGCAAAAGAAUCAGCAGAGAAUAUAGAGAUUCCUGCAGGGUUAUACUGCCCUUUUGGGAAUUAUCUGUUCUGUUCAGAAGAAGGGCAAGUGUGUGUUGAUAAUACUGUUUCUGUUGUAAAGUUGCUGCAUUUGAUGCUUGCAGUCGGAAAUUCAAACUCGUGUUUUGAUGAUCAUUUCGGGUAUGGUGGUUGUGUAGAGAGAAUGUCUUACCGAUUUCUAAUGAGAAAAGGGUUCAUGGAAGGUGAUUGUGGUAUAUCGAGCUACGAAGCAGGGCUAAAGCUAGCUGUGGCUUCUUCAGGAUUAGCAAACCAGGAAUCAGUUUCUAAACAAGCAGAAGACAGCCUAAAAAUGGUGAAGCAAAGGGGGUUAAAUCCUAAUCUCAACAGUGCAAGACUUGCUAUAGCUCUUGCUAAAAUAACACCUCACAGAGCACAGAUAGAAUGGUAUAAGAAAUCCUGCGAUGAGUCCGACAAUCAAAUGGGAUACUAUGAUUCUUUCAAGAGACGACAAGCUUCUAAGCGAGACAACCAAGUUAACUUAUUCCGAAUUAAACUAGCAAGUUUUUGGGAUAAUGUGAUUAGCAAAAUCGACAACAAUGAACUUCCACACGAUUUUCACAAAAGGUCGAAAUGGGUGAACGCUGCUCAUUUUUAUCAGCUUUUGGUCGAGCCAUUGGAUAUUGCAGAGUAUUACAGAAGCGGUGAGCACUUGAAGAAAGGGCACUACAUAAGAAAAUGUCGGAAAAGAAGACACGAGGUUUUCGAUAAGUGGUGGAGGGAGAGGAAUGAAGGUGAAGAGGAGACCAAGAGGAGCACGUUUGCGAGCUUAACGCAAGAUUCAUGCUUUUGGGCACGUGUUGAGGAAGCUAAGGAGUCGCUUGACGUGGUACGAAAAGAGAGGAACCCAAGCAAUGUUGCUCACUUAUGGAAGGUUAUUGAAGAAUUCGAGCAAUACGCAAGAGGAUUGAUCGAGAGCAAGGAGGUUUCUCCCGAUGUAUUAGCAAAGAAUUCAAGCUACCAAAUGUGGAUAGAAGAACUCAGGGAAUUCAGAUCACAGAUGCAGCAAUUUCCUCAGUUUCCGGGUUUUAUAGAUACAGAAAUGUUUCCUAGGUAGAAUCCCGAUCUGAUUCAUUUAUUUAUAAUUUUGGUCUUUCAUUUUUUAUGAGCUCGACCCUUGACAAGCUCUAUUCUUUGUAUAUAAUAUAAAUGAAUAUAAAGAAAUCUUCAUCACCCA